AGAAAAUAUAUCUUAUCCACUCUCUCUCUCUCUGUUCUCCUCCAAAAGUCCCACAAACCCCUUUUGAACAAAAUGUCAUCAGCUUAUUGUUCCUCCGCCGUGGCUGUAUCUGCCGGCGCCACCGCUUCCUCCGCCUCUGCCUUUAAUCCGUUAUUCACCUCCCAUUCCAGUUUCCGACUCUUCUAUCGCUUUACACCCAAAACCUUCAAACUCGUUGCCAAUUCCCCUACUUCACUAAUCCUCCAUUCGAAUACCCGUCGCCACCGGUUCUUCUGCGCCGCCGAUAACGAAGCUAGCUCGGCCGAGGAUGUAAUCGAGGCUUCACUAGAAGAAGAAGACGACGUAGAAGUAGAAGAAGAAGAAGAAGAAGAAGUAGAGGACGGAGAAGACGCAGAUGAAAAACAGACUACGCAGGCGAAUGUUGAAGAAGGAAGGCUUUACGUUGGGAACUUACCUUACACAAUCACCUCUUCUGAGCUCUCUCAGAUUUUUGGAGAAGCUGGCAAAAUCGUCGAUGUUCAGAUUGUUUAUGAUAAAGUCACGGAUAGAAGCAGAGGAUUUGGAUUUGUAACCAUGGGAAGCAUUGAAGAAGCUAAGGAAGCUAUUCAGAUGUUUAACAGCUCUCAAAUUGGUGGUAGAACAGUGAAAGUGAACUUCCCGGAGGUGCCAAGAGGUGGAGAGAGAGAAGUAAUGAGAACCAAAAUCCGUGACAAUAACCGGAGUUAUGUAGACAGUCCUCACAAGAUCUAUGCAGGAAACCUUGGUUGGAAUCUGACUUCACAAGGUCUGAAGGAUGCAUUUGCUGAUCAAUCUGGUGUGCUUGGUGCUAAAGUUAUCUAUGAAAGAAACACUGGCAGGUCUCGGGGGUUUGGUUUCAUCUCUUUUGAAUCAGCAGAUGAUGUUCAGUCUGCUCUGAGUACCAUGAAUGGAGUGGAAGUCGAAGGUCGAGCGCUGAGGCUAAAUUUGGCUUCAGAGAGAGAGAAGCCCACUGUGUCUCCUCCGGCUGUAGAAGAAGGACUAACUGAAGAGGCUGUAGAAGAAGGAGCAACUGAAGAGGUCAGUGUAGAGAGUAGUGAGGUGCUUACAAACGUCAGUACAUGAAGAAGCAAUUGCACAAUAGAUUCCGGAUAAGUUUCAGACUUGAUCAGCUCGAGGCCCAAAAUCGAAUUUUUUGCUGUCCUUUAUAAAUGUGUUGUUGUAUUCUACUAAGAAGAAGGCAAUAUAUAAGAUAGAAAACAAGAGAUUUAAUUUUGUUGUUGAGAAUGCGUUUAAUCCAUAAUAGUGUAAUGUAACAACAUAUCUUGAUUCCAAUAAACUGCAAAUUUUAGUCA